CCACAUCUUACACACACUUAGAAAGAAAAACAAAAGACUUCUCCACUUCACCAAAAAAUUAAUAUGGCCUCCAAUAACAUUUGCAACAUUUACUGUAUAACCAUUAUAUUCAUUUACUUUCUAGCCACAAUUAACAACAAUCCAAUUCUCCCACAAGCAAAUGCAGCAACAGGAAAUUGUGGAAAUGCACCAGCAACUAGCUUAGUCCCAUGUCUUGGUGCAGCCAAAAAUGCAAGGGCUAAAGUCCCUCCAAUUUGUUGUGGCAAAGUUGGGGCAUUGCUAAAGACUUCACCAAAGUGUCUAUGUGCUGCAAUAUUGUCACCAAUAGCCAAAAAUGCAGGGGCUAAUCCUGCUAUUGCUGUCUCUAUCCCUAAAAGAUGCAACAUCAAGAAUAGGCCUAUUGGCAAGAAAUGUGGAAGAUAUAUUGUUCCAUAAGUUUAUAAUUCUCAGCUUGGAUGGAUGAAUAAAGAUGAAUUUCCAGCUUCUUGAUUAUUAAUUAUGUUUUACUAAUAUAAAAGUAUUUCCAUUUUGCUACAAAAAUAAAUUGUUGUUAAUUUGGUAUUAUGUUUAACAAAUGUACUACAUCUCCAUAGUUCCAAAUUCCAAUCAUCAUGUUUAGAUGAUUAAAUGGACAACUACUUUUUUGUU